CUCAGCAACUCACAACUGGCGUUCCACAGGGCCUGACGAUCCAUCCGUCUCUGCACGCAUCUCUGCUUGCCUUUCGGACAUCUCGGUCUGGAUGAAGGAAAACCAUCUUAAACUUAACCUGGCAAAAUCUGAGCUUCUCGUCAUCCCAGCCUGUCCCUCAAUCAACCACAACCUCACUGUACAGCUCGGCUCACUCACACUCAUGCCAACCAGGAUGGCCAGGAACCUUGGGGUGAUUCUUGAUGAUGGCUUGACCUUUGCAGACCAUAUCUCAGCAACUGCAAGGGCCUGUAGGUUCAUCCUUUACAACAUCAAGAAAAUCCGACCCUACAUCACCAAACAGGCUACACAGAUUCUAGUCCAGGCUCUUGUUAUCUCUAAACUGGACUACUGCAACUCACUGCUUUCAGGCCUCCCAGCCAGCUCCAUCAAACCCCUUGAGAUGAUUCAGAAUGCAGCAGCGCGCCUCGUCUUCAACCAGUCCAAGAGAACCCAUGUCACACCCCUCUUCAUCUCCCUCCACUGGCUUCCUGUAGCUGCCCGCAUCAAGUUCAAGGCCUUGAUGCUCACCUACAAGACCUUGUCAGGAACAGCACCCUCCUACCUCAACUCUCUCCUGAAGGCCUACGUUCCCUCUCGCACUCUGCGAUCGAUUAGCGACCGUCGUUUAGCAGUUCCACCUCAGCGUGGCGCAAGGUCUCUUUCCAGAACCUUCACACUAACUGUUCCUCAGUGGUGGAAUGCACGUCCAAUCUCAAUCCGGACCGCAGAAUCUCCCACCAUCUUCAAAAAACAACUAAAGACCCACCUCUUCUAUGAACACCUAACAAACUCAUAA